AUGGCAGGAAUAAACAGAGAAGUUAUUUUAGCUUUACUUUUGUUGGACGAAGAAGAAGAGGAAGAUCGUGAAGAACCACCAAGAAAUUGCUGGGUGCAACCGUGGCUUGGGAAUAGAGAGUGUCUUGGCGCUUUUCAUACAAUCUUCAACGAAAUAAAAAACGAUGAGAAGAAAUGUAGAGGGUAUAUACGUAUGAAUAACGCUCAAUUCGAAUACCUAGUCGGUCUUCUUUCUGAGGAUUUGCAGAAACAAGAUACAAAUAUGAGGAAUUCUAUCACACCAGCUGAGCUCGUUUGCGUGGCCCUACGUUACUUAGCGACUGGUGAGACUUUCAGGUCUUUAGAAUUUCAAUUCAGAGUGUCAAGAAAAAGAAUUUCAGCAGCUGUUAUGGAGGUAUCUGAAGCUAUCAUAAAGAGGUUGGGUCCAACCUUCCUUUCAACUCCGAAAACACAGGGGGAAUGGCUAGAUAUCUCCAGAAAGUUCAAUGAGCGUUGGAACUUCCCAAAUGGAUUAGGUGCUCUCGAUGGGAAGCAUAUCGUCAUUCAGCAGCCCCCAAAUUCAGGGUCUCAUUACCGAAACUAUAAAGGGACAGACAGUGUAGUGCUCAUGGCUCUUGUCGGGCCAGAAUAUGAGUUUCUUUAUGUGGAAGUUGGAGCGAACGGUAGAAAUUCUGAUGGAGGUAUAUGGGACCAAUGUAAUUUAAAGAAGGCGCUAGACAGUGGAUCGCUAAAUUUACCAGAGGUUUGCAAUUUACCAGGUCGAAACAACAAAGUGCCGUAUGUGAUAACAGGAGAUGAUGCGUUUCCUCUUAAGAAUUACCUGAUGAAGCCUUAUCCAAAAAAAAUCUGA